AUGCAUAUCCACAAUACUAUGAAAGGGUUAAUAAGUGCCCUUACUCUUGCUACUGCAGUCUCGGCUGCUUCUUCAAGCUUCCCAACAAUAAGAGUCACAACAGUAUCUACUGUAGAGUGUUCCUCCUGUUUGGUGUCCCUGGCUACUUUAUACCAAAACUCUACUACAAACGCAGGAACCACUCUGACUACCUUACAAGGACUUGGAGGUAUUGCGCCAGCAGCAGCUUCAGAAGACCCAGUUUCAUCUGAUCCAACUACUCUGGUAGAUCCAGUGUCUUCAGAAGCUCCAGUUUCGUCUGAUCCAGUUUCUUCUGAUCCAGUUUCUUCUUCCGACCCAACUACUUCUGCUGAUCCAACUUCUUCUGAUCCAGUAUCGUCUGAUCCAAUUUCAUCUAUCGACCCAGUCUCUUCCGACCCAGUUUCUUCCGACCCAGUUUCUUCCGACCCAGUUUCUUCCGACCCAGUUAGCUCAGAUCCAAGUACUUCUAGUUCAGUUACUUCCUCCGACCCAGUCUCAUCCUCUUCUUCAAAGGUCAAGUCUACUAUUUAUGCUUACGAGACCGAAGUAGAAGAUGUUGCUUUCGAAGUUACCAGGACUAUCUGCCCUGACGAUAACGAGUGCUAUGUAACUACCGACUUGGAGUCUUCGACUACUUACACUACCACAGUUGAUGGUAUCUUGACAGUUAUUACCACCGGAAUUCCAGUGACCAAAUCUGAAGGUACUACCACUGUCGAUGGCGUUGAAACCAUUUUCACCACCUACUGCCCAUUGACUGAAACCACCCUGUCUUCUAAAGAGGCUGUAUCAACUGAAUCAACUACUACUGCCCCAGAGUCGUCUGCUGCCCCAGUAGAAGAUGUCACUGAGACUGAGAUCAACACUACCGUUAUUACCAUCACUUCCUGUAGCCACAAUGCUUGCAAAAAGAUUACCAAGACUACUGGUGUAACUACUGUCACCGAACCUAAUACCAUCUACACUACAUACUGCCCAUUGUCUUCUGAAUCUAUUGAGACUAGCUCUAUUGAGACUUCAGUAGAGUCUACAAUUUCAGAGACUACAACUUCUGCUACCCCAGAGCCUUCGACUUCUGUUGCAACAGAGUCCACAAUUGUUUCAGUGGCUUCGACUUCUGAAACUCCAGUGGCCGAAUCCACAGUUUCAGUUGCUUCACAGCCUGCAUCAUCAGAGGCCGUUUCUUCGGAGACUCCAGUACCAACGUCGUCUAUUAAGACUACUCCUCUUUCGACUAUUAACGUUAUCACCAACAACAUUAUCACAGAAACUGCUUCUCCAGUUACUUCGUCUGAAAUCCAGCCUAGCUACUCAGCAGAACCAUCUAUAAAUCUCUUCACAUAUGAAGGUGCUGCUGUAUCAAGCAUUAGGAACACUGGAUUCCUCAGUAUAUUUGUUGCUUUGGCUCUUGCUGUCAUAUAG